AUGAGCCUGCUCGGAAGCUACCGGAAAAAGACCAGCAACGAUGGUUAUGAAUCCUUGCAGCUGGUGGACAGUAACGGGGACCUAAGUGCGGGGAGCGGCGGGGGAGGCGGCAAGCUGAGAGUGAACGCCGGGGCGGCAGCGGCGCGGAGUCCCGCCCGGCAGCCUCAGGACCGCGCCAGCACCAUGGACAGCUCAGGUGCCUCGUCUCCAGACAUGGAGCCCAGCUAUGGGGGAGGUCUCUUUGACAUGGUGAAAGGAGGUGCAGGGAGGCUGUUUAGUAACCUAAAGGACAACUUGAAAGACACCCUCAAAGACACGUCUUCCAGAGUUAUACAAUCUGUUACCAGCUACACGAAGGGAGAUUUAGACUUCACUUAUGUUACCUCCAGAAUUAUUGUGAUGUCCUUUCCUCUGGACAGUGUUGACAUAGGAUUCAGAAAUCAGGUUGAUGACAUUCGAAGCUUUUUGGAUUCCAGACAUCUUGACCACUACACGGUGUACAAUCUGUCGCCCAAGUCUUAUCGAACUGCCAAGUUUCAUAGCAGGGUCUCAGAAUGCAGUUGGCCCAUCAGGCAGGCCCCCAGUCUGCACAACCUCUUUGCUGUGUGUCGGAAUAUGUACAACUGGCUACUACAGAAUCCCAAAAACGUCUGUGUUGUCCAUUGCUUGGAUGGACGGGCAGCAUCAUCAAUUCUGGUUGGUGCUAUGUUCAUUUUCUGUAAUCUCUACUCUACUCCUGGCCCAGCUGUUCGAUUACUCUACGCAAAGCGACCAGGAAUUGGACUUUCGCCAUCCCAUAGGAGGUACCUGGGCUACAUGUGUGACCUCCUAGCAGACAAACCCUACCGCCCUCACUUCAAGCCUCUCACUAUUAAGUCGAUCACUGUCAGUCCAGUUCCUUUUUUCAACAAACAGAGAAAUGGAUGUCGCCCUUACUGUGAUGUACUGAUUGGAGAAACCAAAAUAUAUACAACUUGUGCAGAUUUUGAACGAAUGAAAGAAUACCGUGUCCAAGAUGGAAAAAUCUUCAUUCCCUUGAGCAUCACUGUGCAAGGAGAUGUGGUUGUUUCCAUGUAUCACUUGAGGUCAACCAUUGGAAGCCGGCUACAGGCUAAGGUGACCAACACUCAGAUAUUCCAGCUUCAGUUUCAUACUGGAUUCAUUCCACUGGACACAACAGUUUUAAAGUUCACCAAGCCUGAGUUGGAUGCAUGUGAUGUACCAGAAAAAUAUCCUCAGCUAUUUCAGGUGACUCUGGAUGUAGAACUACAGCCGCAUGACAAAGUGAUAGACUUAACGCCCCCAUGGGAACAUUACUGCACGAAAGAUGUCAACCCCAGCAUCCUCUUCUCUUCUCACCAGGAGCAUCAAGAUACUCUGGUCUUAGGAGGACAGGCUCCAAUAGACAUCCCUCCAGACAACCCCAGACAUUUUGGGCAAGGUGGCUUCUUUUCCACUCUCUGUUGGCAAGAUCAGAAAUCGGAGAAAUCAUUCUGUGAGGAGGACCACGCUGCCCUAGUGAAUCAGGAAAGUGAGCAGUCGGAUGAUGAACUUCUGACCCUUUCCAGCCCACAUGGCAACGCCAAUGGCGACAAACCUCAUGGAGCCAGGAAGCCCAGCAAAAAGCAGCAGGAGCCAGCUGCCCCUCCACCCACUGAGGACGUGGACCUUCUGGGUCUAGAAGGGUCUGCAGUGAGUAAGAACUUCUCUUCACCGGCGGCUCCUCCUACCAAUUCCGAACUUCUGAGUGACCUGUUUGGGGGUGGAGGUGCAGCCGGCCCUGCCCGGGCUGGACAGUCAGGGGUGGACGACGUGUUUCAUCCGAGUGGACCUACAUCUACCCAGUCAACACCGCGCCGGUCCACCGCCUCCACCUCUGCAUCUCCAACACUGAGAGUAGGAGAAGGCGCCACCUUUGACCCAUUUGGAGCACCUUCUAAACCAUCAGGUCAAGAUUUGCUGGGUUCUUUUCUGAACACAGCCAGUGCUUCCAGUGACCCCUUUCUUCAGCCUACGAGAAGUCCUUCACCUACAGUGCACGCUUCUAGUACACCUGCUGUGAACAUUCAGCCAGAGGUUUCAGGAGGUUGGGACUGGCAUACUAAACCAGGAGGUUUUGGAAUGGGAAGCAAGUCAGCUGCCACCAGCCCAACAGGCUCGUUGCAUGGUACUCCCACCCAUCAAAACAAACCCCAGACUCUGGAUCCUUUUGCCGACCUUGGGACAUUAGGUGGUUCUUCAUUUGCCAGCAAACCGUCCACACCAACUGGAUUGGGUGGAGGAUUUCCACCUCUUAGCUCGCCACAGAAAGCAUCUCCCCAGCCUAUGGGUGGAGGGUGGCAGCAGGGGAGUGGCUACAGCUGGCAGCAGACACAGUCUAAGCCACAGUCCAGCAUGCCCCACUCCUCUCCCCAGAACCGACCCAACUACAACGUGAGCUUCUCCUCCGUGCCUGGGGGCCAGAACGAACGUGGGAAAGGAGCAGCUAACUUGGAAGGGAAACAAAAAGCAGCUGACUUUGAAGACCUACUCUCUGGUCAAGGUUUUAAUGCUCACAAAGACAAAAAGGGCCCUCGAACAAUAGCUGAGAUGAGAAAGGAGGAAAUGGCUAAGGAUAUGGAUCCUGAGAAAUUAAAGAUUCUGGAAUGGAUUGAAGGCAAAGAGAGAAAUAUCAGAGCACUUCUGUCCACGAUGCAUACCAUGCUGUGGGCUGGGGAGACUAAGUGGAAACCAGUUGGCAUGGCAGACCUGGUCACACCAGAGCAGGUGAAGAAGGUGUACAGGAAGGCUGUGCUGGUGGUGCAUCCAGAUAAAGCUACUGGGCAACCUUAUGAACAAUAUGCAAAGAUGAUUUUCAUGGAGCUCAAUGAUGCCUGGUCUGAAUUUGAAAAUCAAGGCCAAAAGCCCUUGUAUUAAUUUAUGAGCUUUUCCAUCUCU